ACCAGACUGCCCAGAAAGUCCUGAGUGCAGACAGAGACGACCAGAUUAAAGUGUUACAGGACCUCAGCCAGAACUUCCCCUCCAAAACUAGAUCUUUGUCAAAAGUUGCUGUGAAGAGUGAGGUCAAAAAUGAAAUAUCUCAGAACAGAAAGAAUUUUGAUGAUCUGAAUAUUGGUACUGGAGAGUCAGCUAUGUUUUUGAAUGGCAUUCCUGUUGAGAUGGAGGUCUAUGAUAUAUACACACUGCUGGAUCUAAUGAAAUCAGAGGCCAGAAUUAUGGAGGGGCUCUUCUCAAUGGGAUUCAAGGGUGAUGAAUUAGAAAAGUUUAUGCGUUUGGACCUAGGAGGAGAUUCAAAGGAGUUUGCUUUGGAUAUCAGACACACAGCUAUACAGUUUUUGAAUGACCUGGAAAAUGACAAGAAGUACAAAAACUGGCCGAGCAGUGUCCAGGAUAUUCUGAGGCCAACCUUCCCAGGAAUGCUGCGACAUGUCGCCAAAAACUUCUUCCACCUGGUAUUUUUUGUGGAUCCUACAAGACAAACAGACAUAGAAUUAAUAAAAAUGGCUGAGGCCUUCCUGGUUCACAGUGCUCCAAUCAGAUUGAGCGUUGUGUUUGUUGUGAACUUUGACCUGGAAGCAGAUCCUCAUGAAGAUGCUAGUAUUGCAAUCUCCAGAGCGUUUGACUAUAUAAGACAGGAACAUGAUUUUCCCAAAGCUCUUUCAUUUGUCACAGAUAUUUACGAAAAGGCCAAGGGAGAAGAAAUUACAGCCAAGCUGGUUAUUAAAGAAUUCAAAAAGAAGUAUGCUGAUGCAGAUAUGAAGGAAGUGUUUGGCAAAGACAGUGAUGAAUAUGACAUUCUCAGAAGAGCAGCUAAAGAUUAUGUGGAGAAGUCUGGACUGGGGAAUUUCCCACAGGUCCUGCUGAACGGGAAUCCAUUAAAGAAGUCCUUCCUGACAGAAGAUACUUUUGAGGAGGGCGUGGUCUCUCAAAUAAUGACACAGACUCCGGACAUCCAGAAAGCUGUCUACCAGGGAAAUCUCCAUGACUAUAUGAACAUACUUGAGUACCUCAUGGAAAAGGAGCAUGUACUUCCAAGGUUGAACUCAAGAGUUCUCUCCCCUCCUAAGAAAUCCCUGGAUUUCACUACUACAGUCGAUGAUACGCUGAGUUUGGACAGUCUCUAUCAAAAGAGCUCGGGAGAGAUCACGGCCGUCAUGGCUCGAGAUAUGAAAUAUCUCACUAGAAAAGAUGAGGAGAGUUUAUUUCCUGUCACUGUGUGGGUGGUGUGUGAUCUGGAAACCCCCAAAGGGAGGGAACUCCUGUACUCCACCAUCAAACAACUGGUAAGCUAAGUAUUUUUGCUCUUUUAUUGAAUACAUUGGGAA